AUGGAGGCAGCAGCAGCACUGGAAAUGGUCGCAAGCGUCCGAGAGCUUCAACGCCGCUUGAUCGGAGGGACGUAUUUGUCCCUGGAUCUGUUGUGGAGUGUUUUCACCCGGGUGCCGGUCGAUUGGGCCAGGGAAAUCGUGACACCCGAGGUGCUGGAAUGGUGCAAGGAAAACGGCAUCGUGGCAGCAUCAGCGGGGGGGACCGUGGAAGAAACCUGCGACGCGAAAGAGGGGGGCGUAGUGACUACAGCAGGAGCAGGCGACAAUGACGCCGUCGCGGUGACGGAAGUGUGGGCAGAGACGCCAGACCCCGCCGUCAACAACAGCAUAAUGCCGACCUCGGUUUCGAGGGAGGUCGGCGGUAGCGACAGCCAACAUCCGGCCGCCGUGGGAGGAGGUCCGGGUGCUACCGGAGGCGGGGGGAAGCGGAGCAAGCAGCAGCCGCGCAAGAAGAGCAAGAAGAGCAACAAGAAGAGCGGCAGGCACCACGGCAAGGGGGGCGGCGGCCGACACGUCGGGACCCAGGGUGAGGAGGAGGAGCGCUUCCUGAUGCGCUGCGCCUCCCGGUCGAAGAGCCCCUACCCGCACGUGCCCAACAAGUACUGGGGGCAGCGGUACCGCUACUUCUCCAGGUUCGACGAGGGGGUCACCAUGGACGAGGAGGGCUGGUACUCGGUCACCCCGGAGGCGAUCGCCCGCCACAUCGCCGAGAGGGUGUGCUGCGACGUCGUGGUCGACCCGUUCGUUGGCUGCGGCGGCAACGCCGUGCAGUUCGCGCUGGUGGCCCACCUCGUCUUCGCCAUCGACAUCGACCCGGUCAAGCUGGAGCACGCUCGCCGCAACGCCGCCAUCUACGGAGUGGAAGACCGCAUAGAGUUCAUCCUGGGGGACGCCAUGAAGGUGCUCCCCACGCUUAAGGCGGACGCGGUAUUUCUUUCGCCCCCCUGGGGCGGUCCCAGUUACCAAGGGUCCAAGACUUUCGACCUGGACUCCAUGAUCCCGCACCCGCUGUCGGCCCUGGAGAUGUUUCGGGCGGCUCGGGAGGUUACGCCCAACGUCGUGUUCUUCUUGCCGAGGAACGUGGACCCUUACCAAGUUGCCCGGCUCCCGGCUGCCGCUGCUGCUAUUCCUCGCGGCGGCGCCGGGGCCGGGAUCGCGGAGGAACAGCGGGGGGUAGACCUACAGGCGAUCGACGAUACCUGUGAGCUCGAGAAGCACUUCCUGAACGGGAAGCUCAAGACGACGACGGCCUACUUCGGCGAGGACAUCGCGAUUUCUUCCGGGAACACUGCUGCUGGUGCUGCUGCUGCUGCUGCUGCUGCUGCUGCUGCUGCUGCUGAGGCCGGGAGGGACAGGGACCACAGCCACGGACCGGUCGGGGCAAUAGGAGGGGCAGCAGCAGCUGCAGAGACGCCCGCGGAGGUAAGGGCUGCUCUCGAGGUGGCAGCCGCCAAGAACUCGAGUGAGCUGUUCGGGGACAACAACUGGAGAGGAGCAGCGACAUGGAGCGGGCGGCACGUUAGGUUCAGCGAGGAGGAUGAAGGCGAAGGGGAAGAAGGCGGUGACGUGGUGGAAGUCAGGAAUGAUAACAGCGAUGGUGGACAGGAAAGAGAAAAUGCCCUGUACGAAGCGUGGAUGGCCACAUGACAAGAUCAAUAUCGUCAUGCACCAUGUAGUUUUAGAACGCCCUGGACGAAGCAUGGAUUGCCACGUGACAGGAGGAGCAAUAUCGUCGUGCGUAUGCACCUGGUUUUGUAUGGGAGCAGGAUCGAAAUUGGCGGCAGUGGUUCUGUGAGAAACGGGGCCCUGGCGGCUGUUGUGUUCGACUGAUUAACUUGUCAAAGAUCGUGUGAUGACGAGAUCCGUACGUGUUUGCUUGGAAGUGCCCAUGUGAUACCCGCCUCGUGGCGGGGUGGUGAGGUGAUUUAUGCCGUCUGUUUUUUGUCGUGCAAGGUUUUUGGGGUGUCGAAUGAAAGUAUGUUUUUUAAUGUGUGAUGUGUGCGUUUUCGUUUGUCGUAGAAGUGCUGGCUCUCUAAUACAUUGCCAGGUGUAUUUUCUCGCUCUGUACGAAUACAUGUACCCAGAUGGUGAUGUUACGUAUAAUUAGGUGGUGGCCGAGGCUAUUACUGCUGUAGGUUGGACUCCUUUCCGCAUGCGCUUUACCUUUUUGUGCAUCGCCGCAUCGUCUAAUGUCGUGGCUGUCGAUGUCUACCUGCCGGACGGUUCCUAAAUUACGAAGUAGAAGGAGGUGGUCCGGGAGGGACACAGAGGACUUCCCCGCGGUGCACACCUUUUCAGAUGUUGCAUCGCAAAGAAGGGUUGGUCGGGAACCCCGUUUGUCUCGUCAAGAGUUGAUUGGAAUUCCAGUAUGUAUAGUAGUCUGUGUUGUCGCAAAGGAAGUGUAAGAAGAAGGUCUUGGCGAUCCGAAGCGUUCGACAAAUGUG